AUGGCGUCCUCGGGGUCGAACACCAUUAAGGUGGUUGCCAGAUUCCGACCCCAGAACAAGAUUGAAUUGUCUUCUGGUGGCAAACCAGUCGUCGAAUUCGAAAGCGAAGAAUCAUGUAUUAUCAACUCAAAUGAGGGUAUGGGAUCCUUCACCUUCGACCGUGUAUUCCCGAUGGAUACCGCCCAGAGCGACAUCUUCGACUUCUCGAUUCGCCCCACCGUCGACGAUAUUUUGAAUGGCUAUAAUGGAACGGUAUUUGCGUACGGUCAAACUGGCGCGGGGAAAUCGUAUACUAUGAUGGGUUCUGAUAUUGAUGACGACGUUGGCAAAGGUGUGAUUCCGCGAAUCGUGGAACAAAUCUUCGCCAGUAUCCUGACGAGUCCGAGCAACAUCGAAUACACUGUGCGAGUUAGUUACAUGGAGAUCUACAUGGAGCGUAUUCGCGAUCUGCUGGUUCCGCAGAACGACAACUUGCCAGUUCAUGAGGAGAAGUCCCGUGGAGUUUACGUCAAGGGAUUGUUGGAAGUUUAUGUGUCCAGUGUGCAAGAGGUCUAUGAAGUGAUGCGCCGGGGUGGAAAUGCACGAGCUGUGGCCGCGACCAACAUGAACCAGGAGUCAUCUCGUUCGCAUUCGAUUUUUGUCAUUACCGUCAGUCAGAAGAACGUCGAGACUGGAUCGGCCAAGAGCGGCCAGCUGUUCUUGGUUGAUUUGGCUGGUAGUGAGAAGGUCGGCAAAACGGGAGCCAGUGGCCAGACUCUGGAAGAAGCCAAGAAGAUCAACAAGAGUUUGAGCGCACUCGGCAUGGUCAUCAACGCCCUCACAGACGGCAAAUCGAGCCACGUCCCGUAUCGUGACUCUAAACUCACUCGAAUCCUGCAAGAAUCCCUGGGUGGUAACUCGCGUACCACACUGAUUAUCAACUGCUCGCCCAGCAGUUAUAACGACGCAGAAACCAUUUCCACUCUUCGCUUCGGUGUUCGUGCGAAGGCUAUCAAGAACAAGGCGAAGGUCAAUGCCGAGCUCAGCCCUUCGGAGCUCAAGCAACUUUUGCGCAAGGCCCAGACUCAAGUUACCAGCUUCGAGACCUACAUCUCGGCUCUGGAGACCGAAGUCAGCUCGUGGCGCAGUGGAGACAGCGUCCCUAAAGAUCAAUGGACCCCGGCUCGUGGUAAUGAGAUUGUCAGCGCUGCAAAGGCCGAAGCCCGCGCACCUCGACCGGGCACCCCAUCUCGUCUGCAGGAAACUGCUCGCUCGGAAACCCCCCGCCCUGAUUCCCGGGUGGGUGAUCGCUCAAGCACACCCAGCCUGGUGCUGGAGAAGGAUGAGCGCGAGGAGUUCCUCCGCCGCGAGAAUGAGCUGCAGGACCAGAUUGCCGAAAAGGAAACCCAUAUUGCCAAUGUCGAGCGCAGCCUCCGUGACGCUCGAGAGGAGCUCAAGUCGAUGAGAGAGAAUGCAGGACGGUCAGGCAAAGACAACGAGCGUCUCAACACCGAAAUCAAUGAAAUGCGUAUGCAGCUGGAGAAGGUGUCAUACGAGAGCAAGGAGGCGGCCAUUACCAUGGACGGCCUACGGGAAGCCAACUCAGAGCUGACCGGCGAGCUGGACGAGGUGAAGCAGCAACUUCUUGAUGUCCGCAUGAAGGCUAAGGAGACCACGGCGGCGCUGGAUGAGAAGGAGAAGAAGAAGGCGGAGAAGAUGGCCAAGAUGAUGGCAGGCUUUGAUCUCGGUGACGAUGUGUUCUCAAACAAUGAGCGUAAGUUACAGGAUUUGAUCGCACGUGUUGAUGCAUUGCAUGAGAUCAGCGCCGCUGGGGAAACCAUCGCGCCCGAUGACGUUCUUGAACUGCGUGCCAGUCUUCUGGAGACGCAGGGAUUCAUUCGGCAGGCCGAGCUGACAAUGAAUGAUCGAGGGGAGCUUGGCGAGCUGCAGGACAGCCGCCGGGUCGAGCUGGAGAAGAAAUUGGGUCAAGUCCAACGGGAAUACGAGGGCCUUCUUACCCGUAACCUGGGCGAGGGUGACGUUGAGGAGAUCCGCGAACGGUUGGAACAGGCCUUCAUCAGCCGGAAGGACGUUGAAACCGCCGCUGUCGAUGAACUUCGAGCCGAUAUCACUCGAAAGGAUGAGGAACUGAACAGGCUGCGGCAAUCGCUUUCCGACACCGAGUCAAGAUCCUCCACGAACGGCGUCGCUACCAAGACGCUGCAGCAGCAGAUUACCGAAUUCGAUGCCAUGAAGAAGUCCCUCAUGCGAGAUCUCCAGAACCGCUGCGAGCGGGUUGUUGAGCUCGAAAUUUCUCUGGAUGACGCACGGGAGCAGUACAACAAUGUACUGCGUUCCUCCAACAACCGUGCCCAGCAGAAGAAGAUGGCCUUCCUGGAGCGCAACCUGGAGCAGUUGACGCAUGUCCAGCGUCAGUUGGUCGAACAAAACGGCAGCCUGAAGAAGGAAGUUGCCAUUGCAGAGCGGAAGCUCAUUGCACGAAACGAGCGCAUUGCCAGCCUGGAGAGCUUGCUUCAGGACAGCCAGGAGAAAUUAACCCAAGCCAACCACCGAUUCGAAGCUCAGCUCACGGCUGUCAAAGAGCGCCUGGAGGCUGCCAAGCAAGGCUCCACCCGAGGCCUCCCUGCCAUGGAUGGGAGUGGGGGUUUCAGCUUCGGAGGCUCCCGCAUCGCGAAGCCGUUGCGUGGCGGGGGCGGGUCGGACGCACCGGCGAAUGCGAACGUCGCGGGCGUGCAGUCGCAAGAGGCGUCGGGCAAGCGCUCGAGCUGGUUUCUUCGACCGUAA